AUGGCCGAAAUAUACUUCAACGUCCAAUCCGACAGUGGCUUGAUGACCGAACAGAAUGCUCUUCGAAUAUGGAGCACACAGUAUAUGGGUGCUUUGGGAGACGUGAAAGAUCUUCGCGUGGGGACACGAUUGAGGAAUCUUCUGACAGAAGCAGGUCUGGUGGAGGUUGAUGCCACGAUGAUUCCCCUUCCCCUGUCUGCAUGGUCUAAUGACCCCAGGAUGAGAGAAAUAGGUGCCAUGAAUCGUGAGAACAUUCGAAAACUCCUGAAAACAUUACCUCUCUAUCCGCUCACCCAACGGCAGCACAUGCCACGAGAGCAAUUUGAUGCGCUGGUGGCACAAGCACGACGAGAAGCCGAUAGCCGUUCCCUCAAGGCGUAUUUCCCUUUGUGUGUUCCUCGUACUAAGAAGAGCUUUGGGUCUCCGUUCUGA